AUGUCCUUUCGUUUGCACCUGGUGCGGCAUGCGGAAGGCACUCACAACCCGAACCAUGACACGACCAUACCCGACCCUCAGUUAACGGCAAAGGGCAUCCAUCAAUCUCAAGAUUUAUGUCGAGAUUUCCCGUACCACGACAGCGUCGGACUCGUACUAGCAUCACCCCUUCGUCGGACUCUCCAGACAGCGCGUCUUGGGUUUCAGAAAUCCAUCGACGAAAAGUACUACGCGCAAGGCUCAGUUGCUGGGAUCUCAGAUGGCGCUCGGCUAGUCCUCGAGCCUGACGUGCAAGCACACUCCGCUCGACCAUGCGAUACCGGCUCAGAGGUGUCGAUUUUGCGCUCGGAAUUCUACGACCUCCCCUGGGAGAUCAUGGAGUUAGACAGCGUAUUUCCGCGGAAAGAAGGCGUGUAUGCCGACGAUCCUGAGUGUCUGAAACUUCGCGGUGCUCGAGUUCAAAGCCGGCUGGAAGAAAGGUUCAGGGAACUGGUUGGCACCAGUCGUCCGGAUAUUGUGGUAGUGACACACGGCGGGUUUCUGCGAUUUGUUAGCGGAGAUGACAAAAUUGAAGUUGGGCAGGCGAAAUGGAAGACCUUGGUGGUGACAUUCGAUCAACACUCAAGAAUCAUUAUCGAAUCUUCGGAAUGA